AAGGGCAGCGCUUCCAAUGGGUACACCUUGAAUCUCCGCCCUCCUGCCUCCUGCCAGCUUAGCAGUGCCUGCAGCUGCCAAACAGAGCUGUCUGGGGCCGCCUGCACGUGCAACCGCACGCCCCCUUCUAUCUGCCGUGUCUGUUACGGAGUGGUCCUCCCCAGGGUCACUCUGUGCACACACUCCCCAUUUCCAGCCAACACGGAGAGGGAAUCAAACAGAAAGAGACAAACAGAGAUAGAUUGGAGUCUGGCACCCGGCGCAGAGGCCGCGCGCGCUGGAGAGAGCCGGCCCCUGGAUGCGCCUCCCGAGUCGGUUUUGCACCCUUUCUUCCCCGGGGCCACCGCCAGGCGCCCCUCCGCGUUCCCGCCCUCUGCGGCGAGAUCCUGCCUCCGUCCAGCAGCGACAAGUAAAGUAAAGUUCAGGGAAGCUGCUCUUUGGGAUCGCUCCAAAACGAGUUGCGCCCGGAGUGAUGUCUAAGCCCAAGUCCGUGCGCGGCAACCGCUCCUGGCCGGCUGCCAGCACCUCUGUAAUGCAUAUGACUCCGGAGACCCGGUGGCCGGUCUGCUGCUGAGCCCGCGCCGCGCGGGAGCCCGUCUGCGCCUCGCCGGCGGCCCCUGGCCAUGACCAUGACCCUCCACACCAAAGCGUCGGGAAUGGCCCUGCUGCACCAGAUCGCCGGCUCGGAGCUGGAGCCCCUGGGCCGCGCGCAGCUCAAGAUCCCCCUGGAGCGGCCCCUGGGCGAGGUGUACGUGGAGAGCGGCAAGCCCGCCGUGUACAACUACCCCGAGGGCGCCGCGUACGACUUCAACGCCGCGGCGGCCGCCCCGGCGCCGGUCUACGGCCAGCCGGGCCUCGCGUACGGCCCCGGGUCCGAGGCGGCGGCGUUCGGCUCCAACGGCCUGGGGGGCUUCCCCCCGCUCAACAGCGUGUCUCCGAGCCCCAUGGUGCUGCUGCACCAGCCGCCGCAGCUCUCGCCCUUCCUGCACCCCCACGGCCAGCAGGUGCACUACUACCUGGAGAACGAGCCGAGCAGCUAUGCGGUGCGCGAGGCCGGCCCCCCGCCCUUCUACAGGCCCAAUUCAGAUAAUCGGCGCCAGGGUAGCAGAGAGAGAUUGGCCAGCACGGGAGACAAGGGAAGCUUGGCCAUGGAUUCUGCUAAGGAGACUCGCUACUGUGCAGUUUGCAAUGAUUAUGCCUCAGGCUACCAUUACGGAGUCUGGUCCUGUGAGGGCUGUAAGGCCUUUUUCAAGAGAAGUAUUCAAGGUAAUAGGCAUAAUGACUACAUGUGUCCAGCCACCAACCAGUGCACAAUUGAUAAGAACAGAAGGAAGAGCUGUCAGGCCUGUCGGCUACGCAAGUGCUAUGAAGUGGGCAUGAUGAAAGGCGGGAUACGGAAAGACCGAAGAGGAGGCAGAAUGUUGAAACAUAAGCGCCAGAGAGAUGAUGGGGAAGGAAGGACUGAAGCGGGACCCUCUGGAGACAUGAGGGGUGCCGACCUGUGGCCCGGCCCUCUCAUGAUCAAGCACACGAAGAAGAACAGCCCAGCAUUGUCCUUGACAGCUGAUCAGAUGGUCAGUGCCUUGUUGGAGGCUGAGCCCCCCAUUAUCUAUUCCGACUAUGAUCCUACCAGACCCUUCAGUGAGGCCUCAAUGAUGGGCUUGCUGACCAACCUGGCGGACAGGGAGCUGGUUCAUAUGAUCAACUGGGCAAAGAGGGUGCCAGGCUUUGUGGAUUUGACCCUCCACGAUCAGGUCCACCUUCUGGAAUGUGCCUGGUUGGAGAUCCUCAUGAUCGGUCUGGUCUGGCGCUCCAUGGAGCAUCCGGGGAAGCUCCUUUUUGCUCCGAAUUUGCUGCUAGACAGGAACCAGGGGAAAUGUGUAGAGGGCAUGGUGGAGAUUUUUGACAUGUUGCUGGCAACCUCGUCUCGGUUUCGUAUGAUGAAUCUCCAAGGAGAAGAGUUUGUAUGCCUCAAAUCCAUCAUUCUGCUUAAUUCAGGAGUGUAUACGUUUCUGUCCAGCACCCUGAAGUCUCUGGAAGAGAAGGACCAUAUCCACCGUGUCUUGGAUAAGAUCACGGACACUCUGAUCCACCUGAUGGCCAAAGCGGGUCUCACUCAGCAGCAGCAGCACCGGCGCCUGGCCCAGCUCCUCCUCAUCCUCUCCCACAUCCGGCACAUGAGUAACAAGGGCAUGGAGCACCUGUACAGCAUGAAGUGCAAGAACGUGGUGCCGCUGUACGACUUGCUGCUGGAGAUGCUGGACGCGCACCGCCUGCACGCCCCGGGCCGCCACGGGGGCACGUCCAUGGAGGAGAUGGGCCAGGGACAGCUGUCCACCGCCGGCUCGACGUCCUCAAGUUCCUUGCAAACAUAUUAUAUCGCCGGGGAGCCAGAGAAUUUCCCCACCACAAUCUGAAGCUCCCCCGCUCCCCCAAGGUUCUGAGAAUCCCUGCAGCAUUUUACCGACGUCAUGCACCACGGUAGCAAAUUCCACCCUGCACACACUCCAGCAUGCACCCACCGCCACGGCUGCGUGGCUGUUCAUUUGCUAGCUCAGUUCUUAGUGGCACGCCUUCUGGGGACAGCCAAGGGAUUCCAGGGCUAAACUCUUUGUAACAGUUCUCUUUCUCCCUUUGCCACUUGCUAAGCAUGAGGAUUCCCGUAACUUCUCAUAGCUGCACUCCCGAGUCUACCAGCAAGGGCUCAGCUGACUCUGCUUUUAAGCUACCUGUUGAGGCCCAGGUCUGGAGAUCAGACAUUUCAUCUUGGUGAAGCACUUUUUAAUGAAUCUAAAAAGAAGCCACAGGAAGGAAUGGAAAUGGGCUCUUUCAGUUGCUGGCUUGGAGAAAGCUAGGUCCAGGGAUCCUGAUACACCCUCUUGCAUUCCUACAGUAAUUUAUCAUUUCGUUUAAAUAAUACCUUAAAACGCUGCAUCUGUGGCAUUGCAGUCGCGGGAUAUGGGGUCUACCCAUUUCGCCUGUAGGAAUACAAGAGAAACGGGGACGGAAGAUCCCCUAAUUGUCAACAUUUUGUCAACUGAAUACAUGGCACUUUCAGAUUUGCUGAAUGUUCUACCAUGGACUUUUGAGACCACUAUGUUCAGGUCAUGGGUUCCAGUUAGUUCUUGCUUCCUGUGGACCCAUGGAAAACACCAAGUUGAUGCCAGUGAAGUCACCAUAACAUAGACCAGUUUCCCUGAGAGGGAUAAAGUCUUGCUUUUUUGCUUUUGUCUUCAUUUUAUAAAAGAACCUCCCCCUCUCCGCCCCCUUGCAGUAAACUCUCUGCAGGAAACCAGUCCUGUCUGGUCUCGCGCUCGUCAGCCCAGGGCGCUCUGCUUGGCUCUUCCUGGUGUGUAACAACACAGGAGAAUUUGUCAGGUGUGGGCCCUGGGCUGUUUAGAUGAUGGGGCUUCUGGGGACUCUUUUAGCCCUGAGGCCCUGGGCAAGUGUCAGUGGGCACGGUUAUUGCAGGUACUGGAACAAGGAGGGAAGCAGGGCGGAAACUGGUAGAACCGUGCGGCUCAGGGAAACCAGCCACAAGCAGCUGCUCCCCAGGAGAGCGCCUGCCAGACCCCACAGCACGCAGUGGGGCUGCCCCAGGGUUCCUUGGUGUCCUGGUCAUCUCCAUGUCCUCAUGUGGGCCUGCUUGGGAGCAGCAGGAGUAGAGCUUCCCUGUGCCUGGGCCGUCCCACUCUGGAGCCAGGGUGGAGCGGGCACAGGAGCCAGCUCUGAGUGGGCUGUUGAGGGCCUGGGUGGACUUGUCCCUGCUUAGCGCUCAUGCAAAACUUGGCAUGUGGCCUUGGGGGAUCAAACCUUCCCCCUGAGCUUCUUCACAGGCCUGGAGACUGAGGCCAGAAUUGGGUCACAGGAAUCCUUCAUCCUGGAGGCUAGAAAGCAAGGCUCCCGCCAGCCAGAGGGAACCUGCCCUGGGCCUUUGCUUCUGGAGCGCAAGUGGGGGCUGUUCUCAGCUAAAAAGUAAGUCUGGCUUCCUCCAGGGUGCUCAUGGCCUGUAAUUUGAACCCUAUCGAGAGGCCACGUGACAGCCCACUGCAGGACACACUUCUAGAGCUUCACUGGAGAUGCCUGUUUCAAAAAGUGGGUUUCUUAUUUCCCAUGGUCCAGGAAGUGAUCACCAAAGGACUGGGAACCUGGUAGGGCCAAAAAAAUUUUAUUUCAUCUGUGUGCAUCUAAAUCUGGAGGCAAUUUUAUGUAUCUGCAUUAAGAAUAUGUUUAGAACAUAAUUCUUUUGUUGUUUUUGUUGAAGAAGCACCUUAUAUAGUAUAAUAUAUAUUUUUUUGAAAUUGCAAUGCUUGUUUAUCAGACAAUUGAAUGUAGUAAUUCUGUUCUGGAUUUAAUUUGACUGGGUUAACAUGCAAAACCAACAAAACACAUGUAGAUUUUUGUAUAGCUACCAUGUAUGCAGUCAUUGAUGCCUAAGACCUGGUGAUUGUUCAUUUAAAUGAAGAUCACAUUUCAUAUCAACUUUUAUAUCCACAGUAGAUAAAAUAGCACUAAUACAGAUGCCUAUUGUUGGAUAUUGAAUGAUAGACAAUCUUAUGUAGCAGAGAUUAUGCCUAAAAAGGAAAAUUAUUCAGGGCAGCUAAUUUUGCUUUACCAAAAUAUCAGUAGUAAUAUUUUUGGACAGUAGCUAAUGGGUCAGUGGGUUCUUUUUAAUGUUUGUACUUAAAUUUUCUUUUUAAAAAAUAAAAACAAACAAAAAAAUUCUAGGACUAUAGAUGAUAUAAUACCAGCUAAAUCCAAACAAUAAUACAGUGGAGGGUUUUACAUUAUUCAUCUAAUGCGUUUGUAUUCGUGUUAUGAUGCUACUACAUUUGUUAUGGGCGAGAACACCAGAUGGUUGGAAUGCUAGCCCAGGAGUCUCAAAUAAUUUUAUAAAUCUCUUUUUAUUCUUAUGUGAAGUGCCACUAGUGGACAGCUGACACUUUGCAGCUGACAUUGCUGUUGGGUAUGGGGAACCUGUUGGAGUUUUCCCUGCUCUGAGGCAACUUAAAAUUUGACAGACUUGAUCAACCUGGGGGGUUGGGGUUGGGUGGGAUCGUGGGUUCAGGAAUUUGGAGAAUGGAAAAUAUGUUAGCAAGAGUCUUGAAACUAUUUGUGGUAGAUCAAUACUAGCACCUGGUGUGUACGCCAGAGCUCAGUAUUCUGCUUCUGCCCGACCUGACAACCAUUUCCAAAAUGGCAGGUCUAGGGAAGAAAAAGUGCCUCGCUCCAGGCUUGCUCUAGUGAUUCUGUAAUGCUGUCGUGUGACAAUCAGAGACAAUCAGAGAGGCUAGCUCAUCCAAAGAGAAGACCCUAUGUUGGGUACAAAAUCCAGCCCCUAAGGAAGGGUAGUCUUUGAUUAGAUUGCUCUAGUAGCUUUGCAAGUAAGUUUCACCAUGCCAUAUCCCGUGCCUUUUGGAAUGGGACCAAUAAGGGACUUACUGACCAUUUACUUUCAAUCACAUGAAGGUGUUUUCACGUUAAAAUCUUAUACACUGAACUGGCCAUUGAUUUGGGCCAUUGCUUCAGUGUACCCUACACAAUGCCAAUUCCAAAUUCCUUCUUAUUCAUACUUCCUGACUCUGAGACGGACCAUGAAUACCGGAAAUGAUCAGGAGGACCAUAGUGAUAUCUCAUAGUCACAGGCUAAUCUGCUUUAAGAAGCCAGUUAUUUGAAAGGCAUAUAGAGUCAUACCGUAGCUUACAAGGCAACCAUAAUUCUCUUCGGCGCCAGUCUUGGGAGGAUGACUCAGAUUGCACUGCGCACUUCCUGGGUGAACUCCCUGCAAAACGUACUCACUCUCUGCUGGAGUAAAUGAAUUUAACUGUGGUCCCAAAUAUCCAUCUUUUCAUUUGUGUGAUUCCUGUUUCUAAUUGCAUUUCCUCUCCAUUUGGAUUAAAGUGAGUGUGGCCUCUUUCUGAGUCAUCUAAAAUUGUUUUUUAAGUAAUUGCUGCCUCUAUUAUGGCAUUUCAAUUUUGCACUGUCUUUCAGAGAUUCAAGAAAAAUUUUCAUUCUUUUUUUUUGCAUCCAAAUGUGCCUGAACUUUUAAAAUGUGUAAAUGCUGCCAUGUUCCAAACCCAUCGUCAGUGUGUUUAUACAGAGCUGUGCACCCCGAAAGGAAAAUCCAGUCCCAUGAGCAGGUGCCUAAGACUCGGACCCCUUUGCAUUCACAGAGAGGUCAUUGGUCAUAGAGACUUGAAUUAAUAUGUGACAUUAUGCCAGUUUAUGUUCUCUCACAGCUUAUAGACCAUGCUUUUUGUGCACUACAUAUUCCUCAGUGUAGGGCUCUUGUUUUAUGGGGAGAAGGCUCAACCGCCAAAUUGUGUUUGAUGGUUAAUAACACAUCCUUUUGCUGAUGCAUACUCUUCCUGAUGUGAUUCUCUUUUGUCGCAGCUUUGCUUUGUUUAAUGAAACACACUUGUAAACCUCUUUUUGCACCUUUAAAAAGUAAAGAAUCUACAGGGAUGCUCAAGCACCUGUAAACAAUUUUCUCAGUCUCUUUGAUGUUCAAAUAAAGAAUUAAAUGAAAGACAAGAGUUUGGUGUGUAUGUGUAAGUUCUGCUUCUUACCGAUGGUUCUCCGUGGACCACUUGAGUUCAGGGUAUGGGAUUCCGCAGGACGCAAUGAAUCCUGCCCAUUGGCCUGAUGACAGGCUCCCCUUCCCACCCCCCAGGCAUAGAAGGAAGUGUGUGGAUGUGAAGUCAGGCCGACCUGGCCUCAACUCUUGCUUACGAUUAUCGGUAACGUAUUUUUCAGCGUCUCUGCUUCCUCAACACAAUGGUGACAGUAACUUAAUUCACAGGCAGUUGUAGAAGAUUCCAUGAGGUACUCAUUAAAAUAGCCAUUGUCUGUAAUGGCUCAACCAAGCCCUUCCCCAUGAGGGAGAAGAAGGAAACUUGAGACUAAUUAUUUAUGAAUGAACGACGAGACAAUGGAAGAGUAAAUGAGAGAAGACGUACCGUAAUUUGCUCACAAUCCUCUCCCCUCUCAUCAAGGUAGAGCAGAAAUGAUGGUACUUUUCUCUCCCCACUUCAUUUCGGGUCUCCUUACCCUUUUCAGAGAUAGCCGGAAUGUUUCCUUUUAUUCAUUACUCUGUGAUUUGACUGAUGAAUGGUUGGGGGGAGCAUGCGACUUGUGGUGGGGAAGUAACCUUACAUGCACCCCAGCUCUGCAGUCAGUGGCCCUGCUGGAGUCCUCUCUCUUCCAUGCAUUGUGUGACCAUUAUUAUGGGCAAAUUGAUUCCCCAUGUUUGUUU